UUCCUAUUAGGGGAGCAGAGAGUCACUCUUGGCUACAGGGCACGCCCCCUUGGGUCCUUAGGGAUCUUAACUUGAGACCCGCCGCGCAUGUGAAGGCGUCCGGCCUUCUUUUGUGAGCGAUGCUGGGAAGCUGCAACUUGUUGGGAGCAGCUCUUUUAGGGGAUUCUGGGAUGAUGAUUUCGCUUCUUGAUGUCCAUCCAUCUUCGCAAUUGCAGGCAUGGGUAGCAAGAAACUAAGACGAGUGGGUUUAUCACAAGAGCUGUGUGACCGUCUGAACAGACAUCACAUCAUUACGUGUCAGGACUUUCUGUGUCUUUCCCCACUGGAGCUUAUGAAGAUGACUGGCCUUAGUUAUCAAGGUGUCCAUGACCUUUUGUGUUUGGUCAGCAGAGCUUGUGCCCCACCGAUGCAAACGGCUUAUGAGAUAAAGACACAGAGGUCGGCUGUGCCCUCACCAGCUUUUUUAUCUACGACUCUCUCUGCUUUGGAUGAAGCCCUGCAUGGUGGUGUAGCUUGUGGAUCCCUCACUGAGAUUACAGGUCCACCAGGUUGUGGGAAAACUCAGUUUUGUAUAAUGAUGAGUAUUUUGGCUACAUUACCUAUUGACAUGGGAGGAUUAGAAGGAGCUGUUGUAUACAUUGACACAGAGUCAGCAUUUAGUGCUGAAAGACUGGUUGAGAUGGCAGAGUCUCGUUUUCCCAGAUAUUUUAGCACUGAAGAAAAAUUACUUUUGACAGUCAGUAAAGUUCAUCUUUAUAGGGAACUCAGCUGUGAUGAAGUUCUACAAAGGAUUGAAUCCUUGGAAGAAGAAAUUAUUUCAAAAGGAGUUAAGCUUGUGAUUAUUGACUCUGUUGCUUCUGUGGUAAGAAAGGAGUUUGAUACACAACUUCAGGGCAACAUGAGAGAAAGGAACAAGUUCUUAGCAAGAGAAGCUGCCUCUUUGAAGUAUUUGGCUGAGGAAUUUUCAAUCCCAGUUAUCUUGACGAAUCAAAUUACAACCCAUCUGAGCGGAGCCCUAGCUUCUCAGGCAGACCUGGUGUCUCCAGCUGAUGAUUUGUCCCUGUCUGAAGGCACUUCUGGAUCCAGCUGUAUGACAGCUGCACUAGGAAACACCUGGAGUCACAGUGUGAACACCCGGCUGAUUCUCCAGUACCUUGGUUCAGAGAAAAGACAGAUUCUCGUUGCCAAGUCCCCUCUGGCACCCUUCACCACAUUCGUCUACACCAUCGAGAAGGAAGGCCUGGUUCUUCAAGGCUUCCGUGGAACCUGGCACCCAGCCCAGGGGUCCAGCUCACAGGAGCAGAGAGGAGCUGGUGGCUACCUUGACCGGGCCACAUCCCCGGCACCUCCCCCAGCAGAGACAGCGAAACUGAGGAUUGGAGAAGUUCCUAACUUAUCCAAAACCACACAGCUCCUCGGCUGGGACUCCCUGAGAAACGGUCCCCAGCCCUCAGGAGAGAGGAGCCUGAAGGAGGGAAGCGAGGGGCGGGGUAGUGUCUCCUCCGUGAUGAGCUCCAGAGCCCAGAACAGUCUGCUGCGGACGAGGUCGUGCUGCCCGGAGCGUGUGAGGGCAGAGAGAGCAGAGAGACGGCACGAAAAACACGGCGGGCGGCAGCAGCUGCAGAAGCCCAAGCUUGCUGGUCUUCUUUCCACGGCCUUUUCCUCCAGGCCAGCCUGUUCCACUGGAAAAACAACCUCCCCUGCCUGGGGACUUGGGGCCGGCUGGGCCACCUUCUGGUCUGUCUUCAUUCAGAUCCCAUUUCUCUCCUCCCUGGGAGGUGGGGGAGGGAGUCAGGCUGGGGCGGACAAGGGUGAGGCUGAAGGCUUCAUCUGGCCCCCUUUAAGCCAAGCAAAGAAAAAUAGCCCUUUGCCAAGAUCUUUCAUCUCCGUCAUUUACUCUCGCAGAUGUUUUCUGCAAUAUAAACAAGAAGCAAAGAAUGUUGGGGAGGAGAGGAGGGCGGAGGCGGGUGGGGAGAGGAGAAAGAAGGAAGCGGGGACCGACAGCUUUGAAAUCUGGGCCUGUGGAGGGCAGGAAGCGGGCCUUCGGCGGGGUCCCCUACGGCCCUCAGAGCAUGGGCAACCUGAGGUCACUGCACCGGGCCAAGCGGAGGGUCACGUCCUGGGGUGUCUUUGCAAGGAGGUUCUAGACAAGUGGCCUUUGAGUGGGUGGUCUCCCCAUACAGCCUCCCCGACCCCCCGCCUGGGACCUGACACAUGCAGAGCAGCUGCUGGGGCCCUCUGGGCUCAACCUGGAGCUGGGGCCCCCAGGGUGCACACCUGCCCACCUCGUGCUGCUUGUGAGCUCGGCGAGGUCCUGGGGCAGAGGCGCUCAGCCCGCCACCAGCAAUGCAGUCGGCGAGAGACCGACAAUGGGCGGCGCCACCCUGAUGGGGAUUAUUUGGUUCCACCAAGCGGAGAAAUAAUCCGAUGUCUCUAAAGUCAAACUGCCGUAGGAUUCCUACUGAUGUCAGCAGCUCUUAAACUAAACUCAAAUGCUGCACCGGGGCUCGCAGGGACCCAACGGAGGGAUGUUAGAUGGGCUGCCAGGACCUGGAGAAGGCCUGUCUAAAGCAUGGCAGCCACAGCUUGGGGUCCGCUGAAUAUUUAAGAUAAUUCAAAGUAAAAUUCAAAGUAAAAUCUCUGGCGUUUUUUUAAAAAAUUGUAGUAGUUUAAUCAAAAUAACAACAAAAAUAAACCACCACCCACUGCCAUGAGGCAUGCCUGUGGGCAAUUUGUUGUUGUUUUAAAUAAAGCAUUUCACUUUUUUAAUUAC